GGACGCGUCGUUGGAGAGACGGGGUGGUGGAGAGGGCUCACCGUAAACUCGCGUUUUUCCAUCCCUCUCGAAAGGGCAGCCAAAGACUUGUCGGUCGGGUUUCCAGUCGCUGUGAGUCGGCGGAGGAGUCUCAGUGGGUUUGUUGACUCCCGGUCUGUUGGUCAUCGGACAGCCUGCCGUCCAUCCAAUGUGCGUAAAGGGGCUCUAUUUCUUCACCGUCCUGUCUGGACUCGCAGCUUCAGGUGUGCUGCAGGUCAGUGGGAUGCGUAUAUACACAUCUGGGGAUGUAGAAGCAGUCAACGGGACAGAUGUUCGUCUCAAGUGCACAUUCCAGAGUUCCUCUCCUAUUAACACCAACUCCAUUGUCAUCUCCUGGAGCUUUAGACCCCUCAAACCAGGCCGAGAGGAGUCGGUGUUCCACUACCAGCAGCGACCCUAUCCUCCUCUAGAGGGCAUUUUCAGGAAGCGUGUCGCUUGGGCUGGUGACAUCAUGGGGCGUGACGCUUCCAUCAUAAUUCGACAGGUCAAGUUCACCUACAACGGCACUUACAUCUGCCAGGUCAAGAAUCCACCGGAUGUCCACGGCACGGUUGGAGAGAUUCGACUCCGUGUCGUCACCACAGCCUCUUUCUCCGAACUUCUCCUUCUGGCAUUGGCCAUCGGAGGCGGUAUCGCCGCUGUGGUCAUCCUCCUCAUAGUCAUCGUGUCGUGCAGGAGAUGCAAGAGGAGGAGACAGACACAGCUGGAAGGGAACGAGGAGGCUCCCCGCAAAGAGAGAAAAGAUCCCACUGCGUGCCACCCGUCAAGGGCCGUCCAUCUCUACCUAUCAGAGACGUCCAUAGAGAUCGACAGUUCAGAUGGCAUGAUCUCAGAGGCCAGCACCAAAGACCCGAGCUCCUCAGAGGAGGAGGGCCCGAGCUCAGACGACGAUGACGGCAACGGUGAUGACUCUGACUGAGGAGGUGGGGACAGACAGAGAGACAGCAACACUGAUGUGAAGCCAGCUAGGUAGCUUGCUGGAGGGCUGCCCGGAUGGCACCCAUGGAUUAGGUUCAAUGGUUCCACUGAGUGGAAGCUAGAGAAAGAGGGCGCUGCUGCUGCUGUGUCGGAA